AUGAAAACAAUCUUNGGACAAAAUCUAACUACUGAUAAUUUAGUUGAAUCUUUUAAAUAUGUUCAUGAACCACAAGUUCGAGCCGCUGCUGAACGUAUACGUGAUGCAAUAUUAAAAGAAAAUGGAUGUGAUGAAGCACUACGUGCAUUUCAAACUCAUUUACCUUUAUUACGAAUGCAAAGUUAUCUUGAAUCAACUUAUACUGCAUGUUAUCAAUUAGAAGAAUUUCAUUUACAAAUAUCACGACGUGUUGCUCAAGUACUUGUUGUAUCCGGUCGUAUUGAACCAACACAAUUACAUCUUCAUUCGACUCGUUAUUGA